AUGGGAACCCGAGGUGACAUGUAUCCAUUGGGGCUCUGCAUCGCCCUGUGCCUGGGGGGCACCGUGGCCCAGAAUCAUGGCGUACAAGGUACCAUUGAGGACUGCAACAGCCAUAUGCAAUGCCCAGCAAACGCCAAGUGUGUGAACAACACCCACUGCACCUGCCUGGAUGGAUACCAGUCACAUGGGAAUCACUCCUUCUUCACUGACACAACGGAGAUCUGUGACGGGCUUUUCUUUUCCUGUCCCCAGAACGCAACUUUUCCUUUCAACGCCCUCCUGAACAGCACCUCCCUCUGGGAUGGCGGAAACAAGGGCGAGGUUGUGUCGGCUUUAACAUUCCUCCUGCAGAGCGUGGAACAGUCUGUACUGGCCACUGCGCUCAAGUCUCCCGAGAACACAACACAGAACAUGACGACAGAGUCUAUGGCUAUCCAGACGCGGCUCGUCACAGGGAACUGCAGCCGGGACAGCGAGGUCUUCACACUGAGAGCUCACGAGGAGACGAUGGUCGUGCACUGUGAUACAGUCACCGGGGCAGCCACACGAGGUGUGGGGGCUGCUGUUUUUAUUUCCUACUCCAUCCUGGACUCCAUCAUCCGUGCGACACUUCCCAGCGAGGGAAAUCUACCGGCUGGUGGGAAGCUGGAGAAGAGUCAUCUCAACUCCAGGGUGGUGAGUGGGGCCGUCGGAGACGGGAGACCCAUUCACCUCUCCAGACCCGCACACUUCACCCUGCGCCACAGACAGGCCAAAAGAGAGGAGGAAGAGGCUCUCUGCGUCUACUGGAAAGUAGUGGCCGAGAGCGGCAGCUGGUCUCAAGACGGCUGCACCGCCGUGCACAAGACCAGCACUCACACCACCUGCAGAUGUAACCAUCUGUCCAGUUUCUCCAUCUUAAUGGCUCCCACCACAGUGACGGAGAAUUACCCACGGAUCAUCAUCACCUACGUGGGACUGACCCUCUCCCUGCUGUGCCUCUUCCUCGCCAUCCUCACCUUCCUCCUGUGCCGCUCCAUCCGCAACGUCAGCACCUCCCUCCACCUGCAGCUCUGCCUCUGCCUCUUCCUGGCCGACCUGCUCUUCCUCACCCCGGUGACUCCCACCGGCAGUCGGGUGGCGUGUGCUGUCAUUGCUGGCCUCCUACACUACCUCUUCCUGGCCUGCUUCAGCUGGAUGUUCCUGGAGGGGCUGCACCUCUUCCUCACCAUCAGGAACCUGAAGGUCGUGAAUUACACCAGCGCCAGCCGGUUCAAGAAGAGAUUCAUGUACCCGUUCGGCUACGGAUUCCCAGCCCUGGUGGUGGCUAUUUCUGCAGCGGUGAAUCCUGACGGCUAUGGAACUUCCGAACACUGCUGGCUAAGCCUGGACAGAGGCUUUCGUUGGAGCUUCCUGGGUCCAGUCUGUGCCAUAAUCCUGAUAAAUAUAACGUUUUUUACCCUGACCCUGUGGAUCCUGAGAAACAGUCUCUCCUCCCUCAAUGCAGAUGUGUCCACCCUCAGAGACCACAGGUUACUGACCUUUAAAGCCAUCUCCCAGCUCUUCAUUCUGGGCUGCACAUGGAGCCUUGGUCUCCUCCAAGUCGGCCCAGCAGCCACAGUCAUGGCGUAUUUAUUCACCAUCGUCAAUAGCCUGCAGGGAGCAUUCAUCUUCCUGGUGCACUGUCUCCUCAAUCGCCAGGUGAGAGAGGAGUACAGGAAAUGGAUCAAGGGAUUCCGAACGUUCAGCACGAAAUCUCAGACAUACGAUCUAUCCAUGUCUGCCACGACCAGCACCAAGACGUUGCUGUGCUUAGGCGGCGAAGGCCCAGAGUUCAGAGUGUUCAUGUGA